CUGGGCAGGGCGUGGGCUGAGAUCAGCUCACGCUCCUGGAGUGCAUUGAGGGCUCUGCCAGGGAAACCUGGUGGUUCUGCCAGCUCCUCUACAUAUGAAUGAGUCUCUGAGGGCUUUGCAAGGAGCCUGACACAUGGAUAACCACAUAAUUAAAGGCUGAAGCUUUGCAGAAGAGCAUUAGAGCUGAUAUCUGUAACCACAAAGAGCAGAGCUUGAGUCAUCCAACGCCAGGGGAUGAAUUUCCUAGAGGAUUGCUCCAUCAGGUUGCUGAGUUAUUGGGCCUGGAUUCAGUGGGAUGCCCCAGCAGACAGGAAUGAGGAGGGGAAGGAACCUGCUUGUCUGAGCCAGAGGUCCUGUUAGCUUGGAGGACACAGGCUUGUAAAAACAGCUCUAUAAAAGCAGGACUAAGCCAAAGGUUAGGCGAGGGCUGAGUCACCCUGCCAAGGCAGUAAGAGUGUGCCUGGAGGUUUCCAUCUUAGGCUCAGAGUGCACUGAACAACACCACUCAGACUUCUAGGCCCAAAUUAUUCUCAAUUAAUUAAAGAUACUGUCCUAGAAUUUCUCAGGUAAUUAAAGACAUUGUCCCAGAAUAAAACCCAUCUCAGGCUGCUGAGUCUAAAGGAGACCAGAGCCAGCAUGUCCAAGGUGUGCUGCAGAUCCAGCCUGCCCAAGGUGUGAGAGCAUGGCUGGAGCAGACCUGCUUUCCUCCCAUUCCUCGAGUCAGUCUCUCCUUGGUGUGCCCAAAGCUUUGUGCCCAAAGCUUGGCUCCUCUUUAUCAGGCUGAGUUCCUCCCCUAACUGCAUCCUCUGUGUUACCAGUGGAGAUAUGGAAGAGGGAAGUGGGGCAGAGGACAGUGACUCACUGCUGGGGAGUCUGGCUGAGUCAGAGACUGAGCUAAAUCAUUUCAGCCUGUGGCUCCUGGGCCAUUCCUGCCACUCUCUCCAUUUCCUGCUGCCUCAAAUCCCUGUUGGACACUGCCCCCCUCAACCAGAGGGAACCUCUUCCCAGGUUCCUCUUCCCAAGUUGUCCUGUCUGUGUUUGUUCCCCCAGGCACGCUCUGAGAUGGACAAGUACCUUUCCAGCGAGGUGCCCCCCAUCCCGACGCUGCUGGACAAGAAGUACCGUCGGGAGAGCGCCUCGGUGGUGGACGAGUUCUUCUCCACGGAGAAGCCCAGCUCCACCCCCUACAGCGUCAACAUCAACGUGAUCCUGCCCGACACGACCCACCUGCGCACGGGGCUGUACCGGCCCCCCAAACCCCUGGCGUCCUUCCCGCAGAUCAAAACCGAGCCCGGUGCCGCCUUCGCCCAGCCCUGCUCGUCAGCCCCCGGCCCCACGCAGACCCUGCCCGACUUCACCAGUGUCUUCAGCAUGCCCCAGUCGGUGGCUGUCAACAACAUCUUCAUCAAGCAGGAGAUGCCCUCGGAGGUGCCCUUGUCUGCCGCCCCCCAGCCGCCCCAGCUCUACCAGCUGCCCCUGGGCAGCGGCGGCACCGACAUCCCCACCCUGACGUCCUCCUGCAGCACCACGGCCGUCAACUGCCUGGGCGGGGUCACCAUGGCCACGGGCAGCACCAUGGCCAGUGUGCACAGGCCCGUGCAGCCAGCAGGGCCGCUGAAGCAGUACCCACAUGUGUCCCAGGGACAGGGCAGCUUCAGCAUCUCCGGGCAGUUCUACCCUGCCCCGGGGGUGACCCUGCCCCCCUCGCCCCCCAACUCGCAGCCAGGCAGCCCAGAGAACCAGCCUGAGCUCAUCAACACCAUCUCCCCCCCGCCAUCCUACGAAGCCACUUUUGGACUGAAGCUGGUCCAGUCAUCCCAGGUCCCCCCAGUCCCCAGUGGCGUUGGGACCCUCUCCCAGGGGCACCUGGUCAUGCAGCCCCCCAAGUACAACCGACGCAACAACCCCGAGCUGGAGAAGAGGAGGAUCCACCACUGUGACUACCCAGGUUGCUCCAAAGUUUAUACCAAGAGCUCCCACCUGAAGGCACAUCAGAGGACUCACACAGGUGAGAAGCCCUACAAGUGCACCUGGGAGGGCUGUGACUGGCGCUUCGCCCGCUCCGAUGAGCUCACCCGGCACUAUCGGAAGCACACAGGGGCCAAGCCCUUCAAGUGCCUCGCCUGCGGCCGCUGCUUCUCCCGCUCCGACCACCUGGCCCUGCACAUGAAGAGGCACCAGAACUAGGAGCUGCCUCCUUCCCACACUUCUCCAAGAGCAGCUGGAACUCUUUUCUCCUCUGAGGGGCCUCCCCUCGUGCUGUACAUAGGAACAAACCCACGCUGUGAUCAACUGGCAGGGCAGGGAUGGUGGGUGAACACCCUUCCAGGCCUGUCCCUGAUUCUUUCUGGUUUUAAAAGAAAUUCAAAACCCCAAACAGCUCAUUUACGAUCAGGUCUAAUUACAGACUGAUCUCCUGACGAGGUUCCCGGUGCCACUGGACCAAUGGACCUUGGAUCCAAAGGGCUUUCUUCCGGCAAACCUGCUAUUUAUUUGUCACUCAGGAGCAACUGUCCUUUGUUCCUCAAGUUCUUUGGGAUGGUUUUUUAGCCCUUCCAGGAUGGUGCCUUUGGUGAGGCCCAGGAGGGUUGUGACAGGUUGGCAGCUUGGACCCUCUUGGACUGCCCCAUGGCAUGGCCGUGGAUGUGACACACUCUCCCAUGGUGUGACCAUGGAUGUGGCACCUUCCCCCAUGGUGUGAUACGGCACCUUGCCCCAUGGUGUGACACCUUGUCCCAUGGUGUGACCAUGGAUGUGGCACCUUCCCUCAUGGUGUGAUAUGGCACCUUGUCCCUUGGCAUGGCCAUGGCUGUGACACUUUGCCCCAUGGUGUGACCAUGGAGGUGGUACCUCUGCCGUGCGAGAACAGGAGCACGUGCCCAGGGCUGUUUGGGUUGACAAUCCCAGUCUCUGUGGGGGCAUAAGAGGAGAAGAUCUCUGACAUACUCACCUGACGUGCCUUCAAGCAAGGGACAGCACAAAAGCAGGUGACAGAAGCACCGCCUGUGUCCUGUUGAGCCCAGCUGUGGUUUCCUGGCAGCAACUCAGCUCAGCAAAGACCUGUCCUGCUUGGCGAGGUUUUUUGGUUGUGUCCUUAGCAUUUCUGUUUCCAAGAUUAAUUUUAACUUCGGGUGUCUCUGGGAGGACCAGCAUGGGUUUGAAGCCACCCAAAAAGCCACUGAUGAAAGUCUGGUUUCCCUGAAGACACUGGUGGUGCCUUUCUCCAGAAGAUGCACACAAGGACUGUGCUGUUGCCAUUUCACCCCAUUCAGAUGGGGAAAAAAAUAGAAAAACCCACAUCUUUGAAACGAGUUCCAAUAAAUUCUCCAGUUCAGAUCGUAAUCACAUUACCUACCUCACAGGUUCACCACCUCGAGCUCCGUGAGCACCUUCCCCCCUUGCUGUGGGUGCCACGACACAUGGGGUACAUCACCCGCUCUCCAAAGCCUACCAGGGGUUAAAUUUGGGCAGGACAAGAGCCAGGCCCUGCCAGUUCCAACAGCAGCUGUGUGGGUCAUAAAUAAAUCAAGAACAAAUAAUGGGCCUGGUGUGUCCAACUGAAUAUUGAUUUCCCCACACCCUCCUCCUCUUUUAUUUCUCCUUGAACAAAUUUUGGUGCCCCAUGGCCUGAUGUGUGUCUGCAGUGUGGGAUGAGAGGCCACACUGAACUGGGGCAUCUUUGAGUGGUGGGAAUUUGGAGGCCACUCCUCUCUGCUGGUGUCAAACUGCUCGGGAGCCGCAGCCCGCCCUUGGGGUCCUGCUCAUGCUUU